UAUAACAAUUGCGCUGCAACUCUCUCUCUCUCUCUCUCUGCCUCUGUUUGGUGCCACGGUGAAUAGUAGAAGGGGGAGUUGUUCAAAGCGGCAGAGCACCAGCGCUCUCUUCUCAGUUAUCGGUGAACUCGUCACCGGCCGAUCUCUUCAGAACUCGUCGAUCUCUGCAGAUCAGAUCUCCUCUCAUCUCAGCAGCGAAAGAAAGGGAAGGGUUCAAUAUGGAAGUAUCAAAUCCAUCAUCAUCCUCGGUGUGUCUUUGUGUGAGCACAACCGAAGCUUCUGGUGAAGAAAAAACGCGUUGGUAUAUAAUCAAUCUCAAUGAAGCAAUAUCUAUCCUUGGGCUCUGUGAGAGAGAAAAUGUCAAGAAAAUGGAAAAAGAAGCCAAGAGAAGAUUCUAUCUGUUUAAGAAGAUAACUGACAUGUUUAUUAGUGGAGGGAAAGUAGAGGAGAUGGAGGAGUUCUUCUCCACACCGCUCAUCCCGGUGUGUGAGACCCCUAAUAUGGCAUUUGGUUGUUUCUGGACUACAUUGGGAUCGGUUGUAUACUGGUUUGGGUCCGAACGAGGUAGUCACAAAGUCAAGUAUUGGGACCUUGCAGAUAUUCAGAAAGGCAUGGAGGUAGCUCCUCCCAUGAUUAGCCGCCGAAGUCGUGGUAAAGCUGUGGCUAUUGAUGGGAAAAUUUAUGUCUUUGGAGGCACUAAGCCCUGGGGUGGUUCUAGCACCAACUGUAGUUCAAAGGCGUGGGCGGAAGUGUUUGAUGCUUCCAAUAAUGAAUGGAAGCCAUUGAAGCAACCUUCCUUCCGUGUGCCCUCUAUGUAUUUGUUUCUGUUACCCAUGCGUAAUGAAAAAAUCAUUAUUGUUGGAUCACUGCACAAGGGCGGGUUGUAUGCUUAUCAUGUUUGUCAAGAUUCGUGGGAUGUGGUGGAUGAAAAAUUUGAGCUCAUAUCUCCAUAUUGUGAUCCAGUAUUGGCUGGUCAUACCCUUUAUUGGGUUGGAGAUGAGAUCAUUCACGCAUAUGAUCUCAAUGAGAAAAAUUAUUUUUGCGGUCGUAUCCAUUUUUGGGCAUUGAAACAAGUUUUGUUGCUUUUAAGGAAUGAUCGAUGUUUUCCACUACUCUUCUUUCACUUACAUGAAGAAAUGUUUUGCCUGAUAUGGGAGGAACUUGAGUAUCAUGCUGGACGUCACCGUUCUGUGCUUGUUGUUCAUCAGUUUUGUGUCUCCAAGCGCAUCAAGAGAGGAGUACUCGGUUUGAGUGUGAAGCCGUUGUCUACCGAAUAUUAUCUACCUGAUGGAAUUAUUUUCCAGUCCUUCCAUGGCAUAGUGCUGUAAGUUCAUCAUCUCUUUAGCUUCUUCCUUAGCAUUUUUUUCCCCAUGAACUGCAAUUAAAUUAAUUUGAUGCUUGAAAAUUUGGAACAACUGGACAAGCUGAUUGUUCAAGUUAAGCUUGCCACAACUAGGUAAUUUUCUUCCUCUUUCGUUUUUAAUCUAUUGUUUAUGAACAUAUUGUUGGAAAUGGUUAUAAAAUUCUGGAUAAAAUCAGAAUUUUUUCCUAAAGUUCGGUCUAUUUUUUAGGUAGGCCCCGAGUGUCGAUU